AUGCAUUUUCAAGUCUCCCAACGGGGUGUCGUCUUCUUCCGUGCCCAAGAUAACCUCAAUGAUGACCUGCAGAAGAAGCUGGUGCACAAGCUAGGGCAGCUAUCUGGCAAGCCAGCUGAUUCAACUCUGCACAUCCACCCUGUGCUCAAUAACACCAACGAGUUCGGUGUCAACGAUGCGCAGGUCAGCUCCAUCAGCUCGGUCGCCCGCAAGAAGAUGUUCCGUCAUGAAAACCAGCGCAACAAACGUCGCUACGAUUCGGCCCAGUGGCACUCGGAUAUUCAAUUCGAGCCCUUCCCGGCGGACUACACUUCGCUCCGGCUAACCCAGCUGCCAAAGACUGGUGGUGACACCCUCUGGGCGUCGGGCUAUGAGCUCUAUGACCGGUUCUCAAAGACAUACCAGAAUUUCUUCGACACUCUGACUGCAACCUUUAUUGGCUCGGGCUUCCUCGAGGCUGCUAAGGCAGAUCCAGAAAAUGUCUAUAUUCAUGCUGAUGCACGAGGUAACCCGCAGAAUGUUGGCAAGGAGCUGUCCACGGUUCAUCCUAUCAUACGAACCAACCCUGUGACGGGUUGGAAGAGUCUGUACGCUAUUGGGCCAUUCCCCAAAGAGAUUAAUGAACUCAGCCCGAACGAGUCGGAUGAGCUGCUGAAGAAGUUCUACAAUACUAUCCUCGAAAACCACGACCUCCAGGUGAGGUUCAAGUGGAGGAACCCGAACGAUAUUGCCAUUUGGGACAACCGCUGUGCUUUCCACUCUGCCACAUUUGACUACGAAGGACUUGGAGAGCGAUAUGGCCACCGGGCAGUUGGCAUUGGUGAGAAACCGUACUUGGACCCAAACAGCGUGUCGAGGGCGGAGGCAUUGGCUGCUGGAGAUGCUUGA